CGCCGCGCCGUGCCGUGCCGUGCUGGCAGUGCUAGUGCCGGCUGGGAUUGCGGAGGAGGAGUCUGCGGGGACCACUUCCACCCAGAGGAAGCACGGGCUGAAAUCAGAGGCAGGGUUCCGUUAUCAGACAGGCUGGUUCGGAGCCGGACGACAGUCCGCGUACGGGGGGUUUGGAUCGUCUGUGCCGUCAUGUCAUGAACGAUACGGUCGCCAUGUUUUCACACUUUGGCCUUUUUUUCCUUUUGUCCUCUGGUCGGACGACGUCUCUCCCGCUGUGAUAUCAAGCCACCGCCUUACACAAUGUGGUACAGGGGGGAUUUCGAAGAUGGAUACGAAUCCAAUAAAACAGGCUCCAGUAGCGGCGGCUCUCCGGGAUGGGUCCCCGGCCACGAAUCAGCCUGGCACAGCAACGCCCCUGGCCCCGGGAACGGUGUCUGUGGCGGGCGACGACACAGCACAGUGUCCGACAGCGGCGACACUGGUAUUGGCACUUGCUACUCGGACAGUGUGGAAGACGACUCCAGUUCCAGUACCACGCCUUUGUCUUUCCAGCCACUGUCCCAGCAUCACUUGGGCCAGGACGACGAUGGCAUCCCCAUUGUCCACGUCAUGCCGUCCCCAUCCUCCUCACCCAGCACCAGUUUUAGAAUACCAUCCUCCCCAAGCAGCGCAGGCAACUGGAGCAGGUCUUGCCAGCUCCUUACGCCAGCCAUGUCUCACCUGGGUGCACCGAGCUGUCUGGACAUGAAGGCGCAUCAGCCCAUCCGGAGGUGGUCAUCUCUCACCAAGUUGUCAUCUGGGGCUGAGAAGAGCUCCACGAGGACAUCGGGCUAUCAGUACAACCCAGAUUCACAAGGCUCCCUGGACAGAGGUCUGCUAUAUGGGUACAGAAAGGAACCCCUUGGUUCAAAUGCGGACCUUUAUCUACCUUUAUCCUCCUCCUUGCUCUGCCAUAGCUUGCUGCAGCGCUCACCAGGUGCUGGCCCCUGCUACCGGUACAACCAUGGCAGUAGAUCCACCGGUUUGGAAACAGGCCUGUCCCUUUCCUCAGGUCUGUCCUCGCCGGUAAAACACAGCAGUCUGGACAUGAACUAUAGCGCUUUACCAGAAGCUAAACUGAGUCGGGGAGGCGGACAGGUUUGUGGUCUCAGCCUACCCAAACAAGCAGACUCGCCACUGGGUCAUCAGACAGACCGAGGCUCCCCUAUUCAGCCUGCAGUUCGCACCCAGAUGUGGCUGACUGAGCAGAUGGAGUACAGGCCCAGAGCAGAGCGUGGAAGUGACCCUCAGACCAGUGGUACUGGAACAGAGGGCUGUGGUGGAGAUGGGCCUUCGUCGUGGCAACGGGGACAUCAGCAGGAACCAGGGCUAAACCAGAUGCUGAUGGGGACCUCCCUUCCUGUCAACACUCUGGUGAAGGUUAAAGAGGGGCUGCUGAGACAGAGAGAACUGGAGAUAGACAGACAAAAGCAGCAGAUCUUGCAGCUCCAUGCCCGGAUCAGAGAGAAUGAGCUCAGAGCGCAGCAGGUCCUGCAGAGCCAGAGAACGUGGUUUGACGACCCCCACCUCCUAAACACUAAGGAGUCAGCGCUGAGAACGCCAUGCAAACAGCCGUCGGAUGUGAGGCUGUGCUGCGAUGAGGAACUUGGUAGGAAGCUAGCCGUGGCCGAACUGGAGGUUCUCCACCUGAACGACUUGUUCAAGCAAGUCACACAAAAGUAUACGGAGGACAUCAGAAAACUGGAGGAAAAGAUAAAGACGAGGGAUCGCUACAUCAGUAGUCUGAAAAAGAAGUGUCAGAGAGAGAGCGACCAGGGCCAAGAGAAACAGCAACGUAUAGAGACGCUGGAGAAAUACCUUUCCGACCUGCCGACACUGGACGAGGUGCAGGCCCAGGCCCAGCAGCAGGAGGAGGUGCAGCAGAAAGCCACGGAUCUGGAGAAGACCGUGGCCGAGUUACAGAAGAGCCUGGAGGAAGGACGGGCUCUGAUGAAGGAGAAAGACAUCAAGAUUGAGAUGCAGGCCAAGAGAGAGAAGGAGUUGAUUGCAUCUGUGCACAGCCUGCAGCAGAAGGUGCAGCGGUGUCUGGAUGAUGGGGUGAGGUUGCCCGUGCAAGACCUGAAGCGGCUCGAGGUGGAAAACACUCAACUUCUGGAGCAGCAAGGCCACAGCAGCAGGCUGAUCGAGCAUCAGAAAGAACAGAUUGAGAGGCUGACCUCGCAGCUAACGGCCACCAGCGCGAGACUGCAAAAGAAAAGAGGCCCGUCCCCCGGACACCGGUCUUCGCAGGAGGAGAGCCCGGCCGCCGCGUCCAGAGGCGUCCCACAGCCGCAGCAGGUGGACGACGGCUUGUCGGUGCAUCCUCUAUCCCAUGUGGAGAUGCCAGAAGUGGGCCGGCUGCUGAAAGAGAUGUCCCUGUGUCUACUGGACCUCCAGACUCUGUGCAGCAUCCUGGCCCAGAGAGCGCAAGGGAAGGAGCCCAACCUGUCCCUGCUCCUGGGCAUGAAAUCGCUGAGCGUUUCAGCGGAGGAGAGCGACUGCGGAGUGGUGGUAGAAGAAGAACUGCGGUUCAAGCUGCUGGAGGUCGGCCAGCUCAGGAGAGACAUCGAUGAGCUGAGGAAAAGCAUCUCCGACCGCCACGCGUCGCCCAGUGAACCCCGGCACCCUGCAGCUCGGACGGCGCUGCUCUAGCCCAGAGUGGGUUUUCCCUGUUUUACUUCUCACUACUUCAUACAUAACCACGUAGAGAAUGACAUUCAUUAUAAGGAGAAUUAUAAGGCUCAUACCAAUGCAGGAUUUCAUCAGACAAGCGUUUGGUGUCCCCUUCAUGCUGUGGUUGGAACACGAUGACUGAAGGUGUUAAUGUGACCGGUCGCGUUGUUCAGCGUACUCACACCAGUCCGACAGCUUUCACGGCGUAGCAAACGUACCGGACCCUCCUGGGUCGGGGCCUUGGGUGUGGAUCAGACGCUUGGAUCUGCAGGUCUCCGCAGCAGAAGGAAAAUCUGCGGAGGGAAAUUAGAGCGGCCGGCGCGAGCACCGAGUCAAAGAGCUGGAUUCAUCACACACGCGUUUAUAGCUGCUUGAAUCCAUGUUUCUAUGGCGAUGAGAUGGCUGCGUGUCCGGUGACAAAAUCACCGGCUUAGGCUGUGCCCGCCAGGUGUUUCUGAGCUGACAUGGGUGUGUUGUAUUCACAGCUCGCUGCGCUGCCUCCAGCUGACCCACAACACCUGUCCAUUCAGUGGUUUCCAUACUGUAAAUACUACGGGCUGGCAUCGAAAUAAGCAGAGCGCGAGCACAUCCGGACGUACCCAGAGCGGAACAAUAAUAAAUACGCACGACAGCGUGAAAACACCACAGGGCAAACUGUUCAGACUGGACAUCGACAUUCACCGUCCAGGAUCCGACCUCAGCUAUGUGGCUCUCUCUCUGCAGCUCUGGUUCCACAGAGACCGCAAUGAAAUCCCACUUGUAGAUGUCAGGUAACUGAUAGAAACGCUUGUCUCUGUGAAUCGAAACGUCUCAAUGAGCAAUAUCAGCCGUGCAGUUGUGCUGUUUACCACCUGAGUGAAGUCCCCCGUGUUGUGUCGUUGGUAUUUAACUCAGCACUGAUUCCAUCAGGUGAUAUUCAGCUGUUUGUCACAACCCAACUACAGGAGCGGUUCUUUGUACAGCCAGCAACUUUCUUAGGCGUCGGGUCGUGUAUUAUCACCCGUCACUUUUGUAAGUGCUUAUUGUUUCCAUGAGCCUCGAGAACAGUGAACCUCGCAGCCAAAGAAGCUGAAAGGGCAAAGUGGUAGAUUCUGUCUCCUGCAGCCAGAGAAGUUAGAGGACGAAUGAAUUCCACCAUCAAACUUUUGGUCGGCAUGAUUGAACAAGUUUGUAACAUUGAAGUGCUCUAAACAACUGAGAGUUCUCUGUGUGUUCGCUCCCCCGGUGGGUUGAACCAGCCGCCGGAUGGUUUGUUUUACUGCCAAAGUCUACGAAUGCCAAAGGUUUGUCUACAGUCAUGUUCCUACAUAAUGUUUUUGUCAAUCUGGAAGUUCGAUCUCAUUUGUUCCGAUGGCUAAUAAAGUUAUUUUU